AAAAAGCAGAAGAGGAAGGGGCAACAACCUGAAACAGCGACGUUAGAAAUUUCAGCUGAUGAAAAAAAAAGCAUGACGUGACUUAGCGACGAUGCUGCAUUCACUCCGGGACAUCCUUCUGUGGCUCGGACUUUGAAUCUGACAUGUUGGAAAGGAAAUGUCUCCAGACUUGAGACGGUGAAUGGAGUUGACAAGUGAAGCCUUUAGUGAUAGGAGUGGACGUCUUGUUGGUAGUGUUGUAGGCUAUGAGUGUGGGUGAUGGAGGACGGUCAAUGUGGAGACUACCUGAUCCAAGAUGAGGACACCCUCAUUGAGGGUGUCAGCAACCAAGUCUUAUUUGUUGUAGUUGUUAGCGUCACCUUUCUUGCAGGCCUUCUCACUCUGCUCUGCAGACAAGAAGAGCAGAACAUCCAUCCUGAGAAUCAGGAGCAUGUUCGAGCCGUUCGACAACAGCUCCAAACAGAGCAGGAUGAAAACAGUCAGGCGGAGGCCAGGCAGCAGUAUUACACAGACAUGUCUUGCCCUGUGUGUUUACAGCAGGCUGUUCUGCCGGUGGAAACAAACUGUGGGCACCUUUUCUGUGGCUCUUGCAUUAUAGCCUACUGGAGGUACGGCACUUGGCUGGGUGCUAUAAACUGCCCCAUCUGCAGACAAAUGGUUACAUUGCUCUUCCCACUAUUUCAUGAGCACGCUGCUCCUCAGAGGGUCCAGGAUGGCGAGGCUGAACCCCUGCUGAUAUUAAGAGACAUCAAUGAUUACAACCGCAGGUUCUCAGGCCAGCCAAGAUCUUAUAUGGACAGGCUGCGAGAUGUGCCCACCCUGCUGCGUCAUGCCUUCAGGGAGAUGUUUUCAGUUGGUGGCCUCUUCUGGAUGUUCAGGAUUCGAAUCCUCCUCUGCCUGGUCGGAGCACUCACCUACCUGGCCUCCCCGCUGGACAUCCUCCCUGAAGCCCUUUUUGGCCUCCUGGGAUUCAUGGACGAUUUCUUUGUUAUUUUGCUUCUCUUUGUGUACAUCUCUAUCAUGUACAGAGAGGUGGUAACACAGAGACUCAAUGGCUAGCUGCUUGCUCAUUAAAAGGGCUAUAGCUUUCUCAGGAGGAGGUGAAUCCAGUAUCUGAGGUGAUGUGAAUAAAGGCUGACAUAGACCUGAAUAAAUUCUGUAAUGACACUUAACAACACUGGUCUUCCCUGAGAGGCUUACUUUUAAGCCAGGAAUGUUUCUUGACACUGGCAAAAGAUUCAUCUCUAAAUAUUGACUUUUGUAAGGAAUUCCCUCUUCAUAUAUGGCUUAAAUGUUCUGUCAAAGAUGGCAGCAAUGCAGCAUGAGGGUGGCUGUGAAAGAAUGUGAUGUUGUGUAUACCUACUUUGAACUUGUGUGUGUAUCUAGGGAACUCUUUUAUGCUAACCAAAUUAUUAGCAUUAUAAACAGCCAAUUCUAUGACUGCAUUGCCAAUUUGGUUGAUGUGAAAAACAAUGCAGACAACAGUGUAAUGUAACAUAUAGUAAAUGUAUCGAUGGCAGUGUCUGUAUUAUAUGCAUUUAAAAUUGGCUGUCUGCAUCCAAAGUGUAAACUGUCAGAGUUUUGUUACUUGAAGCUUCCUGCUAUGGUUAUUGCAGGCUUUGUGGUCUAUUAAACUGAUGAUGCACACCUUU